AUGUCUGAAAUCACAGACUCGUCAUCCAAAACGCGUAUCCGUGCCGCCUGCAGAAGAUGCCAGCGGCGGAAAAUUAAGUGUGGCGGAGAGUUUCCUAGCUGUGGCGCAUGCCAAAAGGCCAGUGUACCGUGUGUUCGAGAAGGGAAACAAGAAGUUCAGAGAUCUUAUAUCACAGGGAUUGAGCAACGAGUGAAAUGGCUAGAGUCAUUAAUUCGUGAAAUCCGGCCGGAGCUUAAUCUUGAAGAUGGACCAGGUGGUAUGAACAAUAUACCAAGCCAAUCAUUCAUGCAAGAGGGUGUGCCGUUGCCGUCACCAAACAGUCCUCUCCGGUUCAAUAAUACCAUUACUACACACUCAGAUGAAACUACCGGAGAUAUAUUUCCCAGCCAUCAAAACGGUUUACAGAUGGAAAAUGCAGCAGAGAUGCCACGAUAUCGACAGAUGAAACAAGCUCAUGAAAUAGGCCUUGUAUCAUUAUCUCCCGGAGGAGAGGCUCGCUACAUUGGGCCUUCCAGUGGAUAUUUCUUCGCUGACUUAGUAUUUUCUCGAGCUGGAAGACGCAGUCAAGCGAGACCUAAACCACGUACAGCAGAAAAAUUCCCGCAUCUGGUUGAAAGUCCCGUGGCAAACUUACCAACUCGGGAAGAGGAUGCUAUCAGAAUAUCCUCAAAUUACUUUCAAACCACCCAUUUGGCAUAUCCUUUUCUGCAUGAGCACUCUCAUAUGCAAAAUAUACAUCAGAUCUACGAGGGUAGUGCAAGAGCUAUUCCACAGGUCUCUUUUCAUGUAUACAUGGUGCUAGCAAUCGCUUCCUCCAAUCUAUCCAGACAGCACAAGAUCCAGUUUCCAGCCGAUGGGUAUUUCAAUACUGCGAUGAAAUACUUCCCGGAAUUAUGUGCAGAGAACUCUCUAAAAGGAGUCCAAUGUCUACUUCUCUUAAUUGUGUAUGCCUUGCACAACCCUUCAUGUCAUGUCAAUAUCUGGAAUUUAUUGUAUCAGUGCCUUGCCUCUCUGAUCGACUUGGGCUUGCAACGUGAUAUCAAGGCUCUUCCUAGUUUGGAAGUAUCACUCCUGGAGCAAGAAAUGCGAACACGUGUAUUUUGGGUCAUUUACACACUAGACCGCACGCUGGCUAUUUUGAUGGGCCGUCCAAUUGGUAUUCGAGAUGAGGCAUGCGAGCUUAGGCUUCCGAUGGAUAUAUCGGAUGCUCAGUAUGAGACAGGCUCGACGCAAGAGAGAAGCCAGGAAGAUACGCCAACACACAUAACUUAUGCCAUUCACCUCUUCAAGCUCGCACGUCUCAACUCCGAAAUUAAAUACGUCAUGCACAGUAUCUGUCGCGAACCUCCAGCAUAUGCCUAUCCGCCGAUCCGCGAUAUGCGUACCUGGCAAAAGGAAAUAGAGGAACGCCUUAACUCCUGGUCUUCAGGGAUCUCAGCAAACUCAUGCUCAGAGAUAGCGGUCAAACUAGCCGAAAUAAAGUAUCAUGAAGCUAUCAUUCUCAUACACAGGCCAAAUCCGAGUAUACCCGAGCCAUCGGAGGACUCUCUCCACGUUUGUUUCCGCCACGCAACCGAAGUUUUACGAAAAUACGGUGUUUUGUAUCGCACUGAUGACUCUCCAUUACUGUACACACGACUGACAGUGCACUCUGUAUUUCUGAGCACACUAAUUAUGCUGUAUGCAGUUUGGAAGAUAUCAGAGAUUGCCGCGCAAGUUUGCAAAAGUUUUGAGCAGUUUAUCGCUGAUCUCAAAACGGCGUCUAAUGUGCUUAGUAGUAUUGGAGAACACUGGCUCGAAGCGAAAAAAACGAGGGACUGCGUGGAUGAGUUGAGCGACGCAACGGUGAAGUGGCUCCUCAGCAGUCGUCUCCAGCUCGCGGAGACUGCCUCCCAUAAUACAGACGCCCAGACGGCGAUAGUCCCGCAAAACACAGAGCAAUCUGCAAAGACCGCGCCGUCUCCGGCAGGAUUUGAUCCCUUUGAAUUCCUGGAAGACCCCAACUCCCUGAUGUCAUCUACAGAAUGGUCAGACCUGCCUGACUUUGAUAAUUUGAUGUGGGAGAUUCUGAACUUCAGGUAG